AUGUACACAUGCACACCUCAGCGUUUUGUGGCUGUUAAUGGGGAGCGUAAAUCACUGUUUUACUAUUGCUCCGGCUGGGAAAUCAGGCCCGUUUUUCUCACUGCGCGUUCUUCAUUUGUCAUGCGCAGGCAGAACGGACCCCGGGAGAAACGGGAGAGUCCAGCUACGGGGGGAGCCUUCUCUGUGGUCCGCAGAUGUGUAAAGAAAAGUUCAUCGCAGGAAUAUGCUGCAAAAAUCAUCAACACCAAAAAACUGUCAGCCAGAGAUCACCAGAAACUGGAACGUGAAGCUCGAAUCUGCCGACUUCUAAAGCAUCCAAAUAUUGUGCGGCUCCAUGACAGUAUCUCAGAAGAAGGUUUCCAUUACCUUGUCUUUGAUCUGGUUACUGGUGGGGAGCUCUUUGAGGAUAUCGUUGCCAGAGAGUACUACAGUGAAGCAGAUGCCAGCCACUGUAUUCAUCAGAUACUGGAGAGUGUGAAUCACAUUCACCAGCAUGAUAUCGUGCACAGGGACUUGAAGCCUGAGAAUUUACUACUGGCGAGUAAAUGUAAGGGUGCUGCUGUCAAACUGGCUGACUUCGGACUGGCCAUAGAAGUGCAGGGAGAGCAGCAGGCCUGGUUUGGGUUUGCUGGCACUCCAGGCUACCUCUCCCCCGAAGUCUUAAGAAAAGAUCCUUAUGGAAAACCAGUGGAUAUAUGGGCAUGUGGAGUGAUUCUGUACAUAUUACUAGUGGGGUACCCUCCCUUUUGGGAUGAAGAUCAGCACAAACUGUAUCAGCAGAUCAAAGCCGGAGCCUAUGACUUCCCAUCACCUGAGUGGGACACUGUGACUCCCGAAGCCAAGAAUUUGAUCAACCAGAUGCUGACGAUAAACCCAGCCAAGCGCAUCACAGCUGACCAGGCUCUCAAACAUCCAUGGGUCUGCCAACGAUCCACUGUCGCUUCGAUGAUGCACAGGCAGGAGACUGUGGAAUGCUUGAGAAAGUUCAAUGCUAGAAGGAAGCUAAAGGGUGCGAUCCUCACAACGAUGCUUGUGUCUCGGAAUUUUUCAGGUGAGUUCUUGCUGUCCCCAUCGCUUCCUCGGUUUUGUUUUGCAUGGCCACAGAGCAACAACAAAACCAGUAUAGUAAGCACUGCAAAAGAAACACCCCCAGUGCAGACGUCCAUGGAGCCUCAAACCACCGUUGUCCAUAAUGCUACAGAUGGCAUAAAGGGUUCCACAGAGAGCUGCAACACCACGACUGAAGAUGAGGAUCUGAAAGCUCCCCCGCUCUCCACCGGGGACGGCAGCUCAGUGCUUGAAGGACGGAGGCACAGUGAGAGCAAAACACAGACUGAGUCCAUGCAGUCCCAGCUUUCUCUCUGUUUCUCAGCCACUACGCAGUCUUGCGAAGAGAAGCUUCUUGCCUGGGACAGCCCAGGGCAGACAUUGGAGUUAGAGCGCGCUCGGUCGGAGCCUUUGCUAACUCCAGUAGUUCCCUUUGUACUUAACCGUGCACCGUUGCGUAAGCAGGAGAUCAUUAAGAUAACAGAGCAGCUGAUAGAAGCCAUCAACAACGGAGACUUUGAGGCUUACACAAAAAUCUGUGAUCCUGGCUUGACCUCAUUUGAACCUGAAGCACUGGGGAACCUGGUGGAAGGAAUGGAUUUCCAUAAGUUUUACUUUGAGAACUUACUGUCGAAGAACAGCAAGCCGAUACACACCACCAUCCUGAACCCCCACGUCCAUGUCAUCGGAGAAGAUGCUGCCUGCAUUGCGUACAUCCGCCUGACGCAGUACAUCGACGGCCAAGGCCGGCCCCGCACCACGCAGUCCGAAGAGACGCGCGUCUGGCACCGCCGAGAUGGCAAGUGGCUGAAUGUCCACUACCACUGCUCUGGAGCUCCUGCGGCACCUCUCCAGUGAGGAUCGAAUACGGCAACUUGUGGAGAUACUCAGCUGGAGGGCAAUAUCUUCUUAGCAAGCAGCUCUGGAGUGCCUGAGUGACAGCAAUGGUCAUGUCUGUUUUGACAUUAAAAAAAAAUAAAUACAAAUUACAAACAGGCAGCAGCCAAAUGCACGAAACCCUGCAUGCAUCUGAUGCUCCAGGCACUGCCUUUCUGUUGUUUUCCAUGGAUCCAUCGUGUCUGUUUCUGCUGUACGAAGGUGUUUUUAAAUCUAAAAAAAAAAAAAGACAUGUUGUUUGUAUAAAAUUAUAAAAAACAGGAGUAAUGCUAAAUAAAUGACAGAUUAUCCAACGUGCCCCCUCCCCCAGGGCUAAGAAAAUGGCAGCAGCUGGAACAUCUUUCAGAAAUGAAGUGAGGGGGAAAGCAAAAGUGAAGGAGAGAGAAAGAGAGAGGGAGAGCAAAAAAGGAGGCGGCUUGAGCAGCGGAUGGCUGAACUGUGCUCCGCAGAGCCACGGUGGGAGCUAACAUCGCAUUCGGGCUGUGCUGCGACUUCAGUCGGUGCGAGGUGGUGAGGAGGCCCCAAAGGAGCCAGUGUGAAGACUGGGGUUCGAGGGAGAGCGGGCGCUUCUCGUCCUGCUGCCCGGCAGACGGACUUCAGCCUGAGUUGUUUCUUCGGUUUCUGCACAGCAAGAACGCUAUGGAAAGCUGGUCGCUCGGCUGCUGGAUCCCAAAACAGACUUUUUCUUUUUUUUAAA